UUUGGAGCCACUGUAGUGUACUUUUUGCGGAAUUCGAUCUCCUUAUUGUCGCAGAUAAGAAUGGCAGCAACAACGACAAUUUUGUUGCGGCAGAGGCCUGCUAUUUUAUGUGUCGCAGCUCAGAAUCUUUUUAGGAAUAACCACAGAACACUGGCUUCGAAGAAACUACAGACAGUUGGUAAACUAGAAACUCCAAAGCAGCACGGAAAAUAUAUUACAGGACAAUUAUUUUUGCAUAGAAUUUUUGGCUAUCGAGGCAUCCUACUUUUCCCUUGGUUAGCCAGACUGUAUGACAGAGAUAUAUCUGGAAACAAACAAGAAAGCAGGCCUACUGAGAAGAUAGAUGGAAUGCCUUUAGAUACAAACAAAGAAGUGAAGGGAAAAACACAUGUCUACUACCAAGUUCUGAUUGAUUCAAGAGAUUGCCCAUUCAUCAGGGCACAAACAGAAGCAGUCACCUUUCUUGGAAACCAAGAUAACAACAGAUCUCUGUAUGCAAUACCAGGUUUGGACUAUGUAGCUCAUGAAGAUGUCUUACCAUAUUCAUCAUCUGGUGAAGCAAGUCCCAUCAGUCAUGAACUCUUUGAUAAAUUCUUAGAAUUUAAUCCUGGCCAAGAUCCCCACUUCACCCCUAAAGACACCCUGCGUGCAUGGCAGGAGAAGAACCAUCCCUGGUUGGAGUUAUCAGAUGUGCAUAGAGAGACUACUGAUGGCAUACGAGUUACUGUCAUACCAUUCUAUAUGGGUGCUAGGGUUUCACAAGAUUCAAGUGUUUACUGGUGGAGGUACUGUAUCAGACUUGAGAAUCUUGGAGAUGAGACAGUACAGCUGAGAGAAAGACACUGGAGAAUAUUUAGUCUGUCAGGAACAUUAGAGACGGUCAGAGGGAGAGGAGUAGUUGGACAGGAACCCAUAUUAUCAAAGGAGCAGCCAGCCUUUCAGUAUAGCAGUCAUGUUUCAUUGCAGGCACCGAGUGGACACAUGUGGGGGACAUUCCGCAUGGAGAAGAGCGAUGGUCAGACCUUUGACUGCAGAAUCCCUCCUUUCACAUUAGAAAGUAAACAAGAUGAUCACUCCAGUCCACAUAGCUUCUUCUGGUGAAAGGCAUCUCAAGGACAGGAUGAAGGUCACUUUCCUGAGUUCACCUACCAAUGCUCUGUCAGUCAAUACUAUUCUCCAUGUCACUGAAAGAGACAAUGGAUAUCUACAAAUGUCCAACAAAACGCAUAUAGAAGGAUUUUUUCCAUUCAAAAUUUGAUAAGGCCCCGGUCUGAAUGUAAUUCAUCCAAGUGGUCAGUGCUUCAUCAAUUGUAGUAAUGAAAGCCUAGGGUAACAUAGUAACACUGUCAUCAGUGGUAAUAAACAUGCAAGAUCUUUAGUGGGUGUUUCAUAAAGCUUUACAAAUGACUUAAAUAGCAAACAGCAGGAAUAUCAAAUGACACAUUUGAUGGAAAUAAUAGCUUUCGUAUUCGACAUUUUAACAAGUUAGGACUGUAAUUGUAAAAAAUGUAGCUCACUUAGAAAAAAUCCAUGUGAAAAUAGAAGUGAAUCUGCAAUUUAUUUAGGUGGCGUGAUUUAAAAUCAUGCAAAAUUCAAGCAUUUUGAAUGUUCAGCUUUAUGAAACAACACACCUUUAACUUGUUAAGCUGUCCAGUUCAGUUAAUUUCAAUGGGGGUACUCUUGAUAGCAGAGUUUCCACUAACACAUUAUGUUUUGUCAAUUAUUUUAGAGAAGAAACAUGUCAAAUAUUCUCUUUUGCUUUCUGAUGUCUACUUGUUUAGUACAGUUUUGAUCCUGAUAAUUUUGCUAUAAAUUAUAUAUUAGACACACUAAUGGUGUUAACUUUCUUUUUUACAUUGUUUGUAAUGGUUGGCCAAAUUAAACCCAUUGGCCCGUAUUGUGAAGUCAGGCUCAAAUCAAACUCGGGUCUAAAGUUGCUAUUUAACUAUGGAUAGCCAAUUGUGACAUAAAUCUCAUACAGUAGAAGUUCAGUUUACUAGCUCAUUUGAGUCUCAAAUCAUUCUUAACUGUCUGUGGAGGAUAGAUAGAUAUCUGUCUUCACCAUUUAAGUGUUAGAAAAGAGCACAGUAAACAUUAGAAGCAUACAAUGUAAACAAUAUUUUUAAAUUGUUGGCUUCCCAUAAGUUUAGUCCAGGGUUAGACCAUGGUCUAAGUUAAACCUGACUUCAGAGUACGGGCCAUUGACUACUGGAUUCUGCUAUCCCCAUAGGCUUUACACUUACACAGAGACCUCCGUUUUUCAAUUAUGUAACAGGUUUACCUGUUGAGUAAUAAAUUUCUGCAAUCCUCAUAGGCUUUGUACACAGACCACCGUUUUUUUUUUAAUUAGGUAACGGCUUUAACCUGUUAACUACUUAAUUCUGCAAUCCCCCUAGGUUUUGUACAGGGGCCACCUUUUCUAGUAGGAAAUAGGUUAAUUAUUUAGACAUGAAUAAUGUCAACAGCAGGUAGUAUAGUAUAUUUAAUGCAGUGGGUGUAAGCUGCCUUAUCAGUUAUGCUUGAAUUACUUCAUUUUUUUUUAAAUUCUAGUCCAGCCUGUUAUAACAGUCCUAUUAUAGGCUCUGAAAAUUUUCAUUUCCAUUUUCAAGAGCUCAAAAUAAAUUGGGAGUCAGUGUUUAAAGUGUCUUCCAUUGGUAGCAUGUCAUAUACAUAUUUAUAGCAGAUUGAUUUUCUUUUUGAUAUGAUGAUGAGAAUGGAUGCUUAAGUUUAUUUUGUUUGUUUACAGUGAAAUUCAUUUUACCCCUAUGGCCUAUGUAUUUUCUUUGGUUCUAAUAAGCCUGAAUUUAAUAAUGCAAAAGAAGAAAUAUUGAUAUAUUUAUUACAUCUUAAUAUUUAUAAAGAACGGUUGGAAUACUUAGCAUGUUAUGUGUGUCUUCAUGCACAGUGCUGUAAACCAUGCAUGCUUCUCGCUUUUAAAGAAAUAGACUUUGAUCAAAGUGCAUAACACAUGUAAUUGGUAAAUUACCUGAAAUAAUCUUUUCCUGUGAGUUCCUGCUCAGGUCAGAAGGGUCAUUUUACAAAGAAGCAAUGACAUAUUGGCCAAAGUGUGAGCCCUCAACUAUCGUUUUGUUCUUGGAUUUGUUUUAAAAAAGUUAUUUUUAAGUGCUAACAUCAGUGCCCAUACUAUGUAAUUAUCUCAUUGAUUAAUAUGCAAUAGAGUGCAUCAAAUCUGACCAAUGAGGAGAGACAAUAAACCACAUGAAGCUGGGAAUUUAAGAGUGAUUUUUAGUCAGACUUCAAAGCUUUGUGAAACAACACACUAGUAGAGUGUGGUUUAUUUGUUAAAUGAGUUGGACAAUUUUAGUAAAAAUAUGAGCUGCAUGACCCUACAUGCAAUCGAGGCAUGUUUAUGUUAAGCAAAGGUUAAGCUAUUUGGUUAAAACUGAUUAUGACUUACAUCAUCAAGUUGAUUAAUGUUUAGUUGUCAGUCACAUUUAUAAAAUAUAGGCUGAUUUAGUGGUCAAACUUAAGAUGCAAGUAUGACUGAACAAAAUUAACAAUAUGGAUUUUAAUUCAUGUAUACUGAUAUAUUCUAGAUGAAAAUGUCUCACAAUAAGGUGUAUGUGACCUACCACCCCAAAACUGUCACUCAAAAUGAAUUAUGAGAUUUUUAUUGUGCUUGAUAAGGUACAUUCUAAGCUUUAUAGUUUGUCAAAUUUGAUCAAAUUAAGUAAGAGCUUAAAGAAAUAAGGGAAACAAGUUUUAAAGUUCACUCAAGCAUGAGAUGUGCACACUGUGCCGAUCGUAGUGAAACUUCCAGGUAGUCUGAAAAAAUAAUGGUCAAUGAAACUGUUUAUCUCCCCUUAACUUUACAACUUCAAACUUUGACGGUAUCAAGACGAAUAAUUAUUCUUUCAGAUAAGCUACUUUUAUAAUUUUUACCAUAUGAAGACCUGGGGUGUUUCACAAAGAUUUAAGUAUGACUUCGAGUCACACUAGUUGCAUGCAGUAUAAAAGGAAUGACCCCAUUCAUUGGUCAGAUCAUGACAAGAGGACGCGCACUUUUGCAUAUUGAUCUAUAAGAUUGCACGUUACAUGUCAUGUACAUGUUGACAUUUAGGUGCGACUCUUAAGUCGUACUUAAAUCUUUUUGAAACCCCCCCUCGGGGCCAGUAACACAAACCUGAGCAAUCAUCAUAGAGUAUCUUUACGAUUGAUUGCAUUGAACACAUUGUACAAUCAAUCGUGAAAGUCAAUCACUAUCAUUUGUGUUACGGGACCCAAAUUACUAUUUUGGCUAUUUGCAGAGAACCUUCCCCGGUGGCUAAGUGUUGUUGGUUUUGAGGUGGGGGGAGGUCACUAUGGCCCGAAUUCACAAAGGUGGUUUUGAAAACCCACAGUUGAGUCCAUGGUUUAUGCAGAUUUCCUGUAUAAAAAUACGCUUAAUUUACUGAAAAGUGUCCAAUGCUGAUGUGCGCUUUUGUCACAGUGUGCCAAAUCGACGCCUGUUUCCGUGGUUAUCCACGCUAUUUUAUUCAUGAGUCCACUGUUUUUGUCUCGCCUGCAUAGCAGAGCGAGACUAUAGGCGCCGCUUUUCCGACGGCGGCGGCGGUGGCGGCGGCGUCAACAUCAAAUCUUAACCUAAGGUUAAGUUUUUUAAAUGACAUCAUAACUUAGAAAGUAUAUGGACCUAGUUCAUGAAACUUGGGCAUAAGGUUAAUCAAGUAUUAGUAAACAUCCUGCUCGAGUUUCAGGUCACGUGACCAAGGUCAAAGGUCAUUUAGGGUCAAUGAACUUUGGUCAAGUUGGGGGUAUUUGUUGAAUUACUAUCAUAACUUUGAAAAUUAAUGGAUCUAGUCCAUGAAACUUGGACAUAAGGUUAAUCAAGUAUUAGUGAACAUCCUGCCUGAGUUUCAGGUCACGUGACCAAGGUCAAAGGUCAUUUAGGGUCAAUGAACUUUGGCCAAGUUGGGGGUAUUUGUUGAAUUACCAUCAUAACUUUGAAAAUUUAUGGAUUUAGUUCAUGAAACUUAGACAUUAGGUUAAUCAAGUACCACUGAAUAUCCUGUGCGAGUUUCAGGUCACAUGACCUGAUGACCAUGGUCGAUGGUCCUUUAAGGUCAAUGAACUUUGGCCGUGUUGGGGGUAUAUGUUAAAUUACCAUCCUAACUCUGAAAGUUUAUGGAUCUAGUUCAUAAAACUUGGACAUAAGAGUAAUCAAGCAUCACUGAACAUACCCUGUGAGUUUCAGGUCACAAAACCAAGUCAAAGGUCAGUUAAGGUAAAUAAACUUAGGCCAUGUUGGGGUAAUUGUUGAAGUGCCAUCAUAACUUUGAAAGUUUAUGGAUAGAGUGAAUGAAAUGUGGACAUGGGUGUAGUUGACAGUCUUAAGUCUCUGUUCAAAUGUCAUUUAUGGUCAAUGAACGUGGUACUAUGUCAUUAUAUGAAUGAUGUUUUUAUUAAUGAUUAUUUUAUAGUAGUUUUCAAAGUUAGCACUGCUGCUAUAUUAAAUUGCGUAAUGCAGGCGAGACUGCCAGAGGCGUUCCACUUGUUAUUCAUGAGUCCACUCCUCAUACACUGGACUCAUGAAUAAAAUAGCGUAUCUUACCAUGGUAACAGGCAUUAAUUUGGCGUUCUGUGACCAAAGCGCGCAUCAGCAUUGGAAAUUUUUAUACACGCGCCCGAUACACACAAAAUUAAGCGUAAUUUAUACAAGAAAUCUGCAUAAACCACGGUUUCAACCGUGGGUUUACAAAACCACCUUUGUGAAUUCAGGCCUUAGUUAACCCAAAACCAUUAAGAAGUAGGAUAAACAUUUUUUAUCACAAAAUAUCUCUGCACUCUACAUAGUCCAUGGUGACAAUGCAUGAUUGCAUUUUGUGUUAUGCUGGUAACACUGAUUUUUCUUUCUUGACUUUUUGUAUAUACAAAGCUUUAGUGCUUUAUAGGACACAUGAAAAUUCUGCCAUGUCAUUAAGUGGGAAUCUUGCAAAGGAUCUUUUCUAGGGGUUUUCCCCAUCAUUUGUGUAUGCUGUAAUGUAAGGCAUUGGCAAUGAAAAAAAAAACCUUUUGACUAUCCUAAAAGACUAGUGUGCGGGCAUAGUCCCUUUGUUUUCGCAAUUUGCAUAGCACAUAAUGCAGAGUCUGAAGUAGCGAGACUACACAGCUAGAGCCUGUGGCGUCUAGUCUUCACUCUAGACCUGAUAUUUGUUAAAGUAUCAAAUAUGAGUAUGUGCUUGCAGACUACUAAAAGACAUAGCUCUGACUUCUAUAGACCACUGAAGGUUCAGGAAUUGAAAACUUUUUUGAGGACUGUUUCUUUGAAUUGUUAAGUGUGAAAUAUUAAAUUAAAUGUUUCAUUCAUGUUUUUUUUCUUCUGAAUCUGAAGUAAAAUCUCAAGCAAACUAUUCAAGUUUUCCCAAAUAGGGGACUGCAAGUUUAUGGAUUGUUUAUGUAUUGCACAUAUUGUGUACAAUUUGAAUAAUUGUAUUUAGUGUGUGACAGGAAAUUUACUUUUGAACUCAUUCAUAAAAGUUAUUUAAUCGAUCAUUCAUGAUCAUACAUAUAUGUUAAAAACUUUGGCAGUUAUUAUUCUAUUUUCUUGAAUAUCUAUAUCAUGCUUCCCUUGCUUAUAUGUUUAGCAAAACAACUACUUCAUUAUCAUUAAGUGUAAAUACCCAUUUUUGUUAUAAGAGUAACUGUAGCAAAUCUAAGAGAUGUAAUGUUUGGUUUAUAAUGGAAGGGAAGGUAAAGCUUUGUUCCUGUCUUAGGUCAAACUUGAAAAGAGAAUCAUCACAGAGUUAUUGAAAAUGUUUAUUGAAUGGUGACAUUCAUUAUUCCAAAGGAUUGAAUACUCUGAAAAGUUUAUUCUGAAAUAUGCUAAAUGCAUGUACCAAGAUGUUUGUACAUCAAAAAAAAAGAAUAGGAUUCAUUAAUCAAAACAUUUGUUGCAUUGUAAUAAAAGUUUAUUAAUCUAGAUAAAAAGAAAAUAGAAUUUUAUUAUUCAGAAGGUUACAGUUAUUUGAAAUUAAGGUUUGAUAGUCCAUAAACAAAAUAAGACUGGAAAAUAAUCUUCUAUGCAAAUUUUGAAAAUUGUCCAGAUGCCCUGGGAAUGUAAAGUAUCUUACCCAACACAAAUAAUACCACUUUUGUAAAGUGAAUUUAUUCACUAUGGUUCCAAUAUCAUACUCACUUCUGUUUAGUGGAACAAUAAUGUUUCAAAUUGAUAUGUCUAUCGUUAAUGCCUUCUUUAUUUGUAAAGUGUUAGUGUAAUGUCUUUGAUUAAUUAAUUGAUAUAUUGUAAAUAAAAUGAUGAUUAAACCGU